CUCAACGCCAGAUGGAGAACACCAAAAAGGUGUUGUCAAAAUAUGGAGAUCAAAUUCCUAUCCUGAUUGAGGCCGAUCGAAAACUGAUUACGCAAUUAAGAAAUGAUGAACGAAGCCAGGAUGAAGUAUUAAAAGUGUAUGGUCCGAUUCAGAAAAAAAGUGUCGAAGUGAUAGACAAUAUAAUACCCUUGGGAAUUGAGCUUUGUCCGGCAACAGUAAACGCGAGUGAUCUUGAAUGGAAAGAAUGUCUCGGCGAGGGAGAGUUCUCCACAGUGUACCGUGGGAAGCUAAACAAUGCUCUAAAAUGCUCUGAAAUAAACGUGGCGGUGAAAGUAUUCAAGGAUUUAUUUGAUGAUCCAAAUAAAAGAUUCUUUCUGUACGAAGAAGUCCAAAUUAGGGACUUACAACAUAAAAAUGUUCUCAAGUACUAUGGAGUAGCCAGAAUAAGCGAUUCUCGUUCAUCCAACAAGUACAACUUUAUAUUCGUGAUGGAAGCAGCCACAAACAAUCUACGAAAUGUCGUUUUAAAAGACAGAAAUGAGACACCUGCAGAAUCUGAAAACUGCAAACAAGCAAUUGACAAGUUCAUUAAGAGGGCGAUGGACAUAGCAGCUGGUCUAAACUACAUUCACGAGAGAGGACUUAUCCACAGACAUCUCAAGCUGGAAAAUAUUUUGGAAGGCGAGGAUGGGACGGUGUUGAUAUCAGAUGUUGGGAUUGUCGGUCAAUUUCUGGAAACUGAGAAAAGCAUAACUUAUCUUGCACCUGAGGUACUCGAAGACCUCACGAAUCGUACCAAGGAAGCAGAUAUGUACAGUUAUGGUAUUGUGUUGUGGGAGAUGUGGUAUGGCGCCCAGGCGUUCACAGAACUUAUGCCUGUCAAAAGAGACCGUUUCAAGUACAAAUUGCUGGUGGGCAUCGUCCAAAGCGGGACCACACAACGAUCAACAUUCCACUAA